UUAUUUUAUUGUGAUGGGAGCGAGCAAGAAAAGCCACGGCAAGAAAGAACACAAGGAGACGCAGUCUCCAGUUUUGAAAAUAUUCAAGGAUUUUCAGGAUCCAGAGAAAGCGACAUUGUUAAAAGAAAAACAAAAAGACAAGAAAAGAAAAUUUUUUCGGAAAACAGAACAAAAGACUUACGACUCCAGUAGCACAGACCGGUACAAGACCAAAGAACGAAGCAUGGAUGAGAAGAGUGAACCGGGACAUGGGGGAGUCAAGGAAACCUGGUGGACACAUGGCGGGAAAGCACCGAAGUCGGCAGAUGAUACCUGCUCGUGUGUAUCGUGCGCUUUGAAGAAAGUUCUGGCAUCAGAGUAUACAUGUAUUGCAUGCUUGCUGGUGUUGUUCUCUGCUUCGGUUGUGGGGGCAUUUCUCCUCGUAUUCAAAUCAUCGGCCAUUGAAACGGUAAAAAAUGAUGGAGGGAAGAAGCUGCAGUUGAUCAAGCGGCAAUUGAGCGAUCCAAACAAAGCUGAUGGUAAUCCUGACUGGAUACCAUGGUAA